AUGUUUUCGAAAUUAAAGAACUUUUCAGAGGACGUGGCAAAGAGUCUCAAUGAUUUGAGUGCUCCAGAUCAACAAGCCUCACAGCCACAACAGCUGAAACCAGAUCCUUUAGUGCAACUACAGCGGAACUCUAAAAUACUUCAAGCAGAAACACCUGAUAGUCUGCAAUUGGUUCAGCCUACAGAUGAAUCAGAAACGCCUACUCGAGUGACUUCUCCCAACAUCAAUUUAAAUGCCAAUAAAUCUAGUUCUACCUCAGAAGAAUCUACUGAAAGUGUCCCUAACACAGAGUCUAAUCAAUCUACGGCCGAAGGAACUAAUGAUCGACCCAAACCACUAUCAACAGCAACACCAACACCAGCAACAAAUAAUGAUUAUAAUGAUUUACCCGCUCCCAUAAAGUCGAAAUUAAAGAAAUUUGCAAAAUACGAAGAAAAAUACCCUGUGCUUUUGGAAGCCUACAAAAUUGAAAAGCGCAAGUCUCAAUUAAUCCAGAUAUUUGAGAAUGUUUUGAAAGAACACACUCCAAUCUCAUCCAUAUCCGAUGCAAAAGUACUAGUUGAAUACUUAAAUGGAUUGACAGAGAAGAACAAGUUGCAAAACAAUGAAAUUCGGAAACUAACAAAAGAAAAUUCCAUGUUAAGCUUUAAGUGUGCCAAGUUUGAAGGCGAGCAGACUUUUGAAGAAACCAAAAAAACAAUUGAAAAUUUGAAGAAAGAAAACAAAGAAUUGCAAGAACGAAUAAAGAAUAGCGAAAAUGAACUGCAGCUGUUUAAAAAGGAAGCAGAAGAGCUUAAAAAACUCAAAUUUGAACAAGAUGAGAAGUUAAGCAAAUUAAACGAGAAAUUGCAGGAAAAGAAGGGAAAACAAAAUCAAUCAAAUGAGAUAAAUAUGCCUUCUACUGAAAAGCUUGACGAGGACACUACCAAGGAUGCAGAAUUUUCUCUGUCUCUCAAUACUGAAAAUAUAUUGACACAAAGAGAUCAAGAAAUUAAAGAAUUAGUUACCAAGUUAAAGGAUGCUAGACAGAAAUUAGAAGACAAGGAGGAGGAACUUGAAGAUUUACGCGAUUCCUUGAAAUCUAUGGGAAACGAUUUAGUGACUGCUAAGGAUGAAAUUAAAGCAUUCAAGAGUAGAAGUAAUGAAUCAUUUAAUGAAGAUGAAGCUGAAGCAAAAAGCAAAAGCAAAGGCAAAGGCAAAGGCAAAGGCAAAAGCAAAAAUAUAACCUCCAAUAAUAUUGAUAAUACUACUUCUACCUCGGAUGUUGUAUCCAAUGGUGAAAAUCAUUGGAAAGAUCAACAUGACAAAAAGGUAACAGAGAUUCUGACUCUCAAAGUAAAGAUUUCUUCAUUGGAAGAAGAAGCACACGAACACCUAAAAGAGAGCAAACGAGUGGAAACCUUGUUGCGAAAAGAAAUUCAAGAGCAUAAGAAGCAAGCCACAGCAUUGGAAUCGCAAUUGGGAACCGCUAGGAAUGAGUUGGCUGACUAUAAAAAGGAGAAGAACAACCUUGAAGCUCGAAUCACCGAAUUGUCCAACUUCAAAAACAAUGAUACUUCACUUAAGCUUGAAAUCGCCUCAUUGCAAUCGUCUCUCAAACACAAAGACGAAACCAUUAAAGAUUUAAAUGCAAGAAUUGAAAGUUUGAAAUCGGAAAAAUCUACAUAUACCAAUAAAAUUUCUCUGUUGACAAAGUCAAACGAGCAAUUGCAAGAGAAUUCAAUAGGACUUUUAAAAGAUAAGAAUGAGCUUUUAACAAAGCAAGAACAAUUGAUUAAUAAUGAAAAGUCCAUCGGUGCACAAUUGAUUAAAAUGCAACAAGAGAAACAAGAGGUACGGAAUGAACUUGAAAAGACAAAAGGUCAACUCGAGUCGUUGUUGAGUGACACAUCGGAUGCCAAGAAUGAGGUGCUUCUUUACAAAAAACAAUACGAAGAGGUAGCAAUGAGGUCAAAAGAAUACAAUAUGAGAAUUGAUAGCUUGGAGGACGAUAUCUCGGAGUCACGCGGGUUGUUGCAAGAGAAGAUUAGGGAAGCCAGUAAUAUGAGGAGGUUACUAGUGGACGCGCAGGAGAUUAUGAAGCAACGUGAAACCGACCAUAAACAAGAGCUUACGAGAAUUUUGGAAGAGAAAUCGGAUAUCGAGCGGAGCACAAAUCUAUUGAUGCGAAAGAAGCAAAAAGAUAUUGAUGAUCUUCAGAUCCUUUUAUCGGAAGCCAGGGAAAGUUUACGCGUUCAAUCCGAAAAGAUUCGUUCUUUGCAAGCAAAGUCUUCAGCCAAGGUUGAGGAAUUCAAUAAUAAUGAUGAGAUUGCACAACAUUCGUCUGCUGGUUUAGAAAGUCAGAUAAAUACACUCCGUGCUGCUCUUAGCUCUGCUAGUGAUCGAUUAAAGGAUUUGGAAAAGUCAAAUGCAAAUUUGAAAAAAUUAAAUGAGGAUCACAUUUUGAAAUUUGAGAGAUUAUCUAAAAACUAUAAACUUCUCACUCAACAAUAUAGACUCAUGAAAGAUCAUGAAGCUAGUGAGAAAAAAAAAUCAGAGGAGAGAAGCAGAAGCUCGUCUAUUAUCAGUGCUACUCUGGAUGCAGCGCUGGAACAAAACAAUGGAACCAACAUUGCAUAUUUAAAGAAUGUUCUCCUUGGAUACUUUGAGCACAAGGAACAGAGGGAGCAGUUAUUACCUGUUUUGAAGACAAUUUUUCAAUUCAACAAAGAAGAUGAACUGAAAUUUCUUCUUGCCGUGAAAUAA